AACCAUCUUAAAGUCAACUGCUGAGCAUAGCACACCAAAUGACUAACUCAUUCUAGCAUAUGCAAGACUUCUACGUGUACAGGUUGCUCGUACACAUUGUGUUAAGGUAUUAACGCAUCAAGUACAAUAUAACUUUAAAAGUAAGGAUGCCCGCUUCGCACCGAAGGCUCAACUGACAAUUGGUAGGUAUGACAAUGGCUUCUACGGGUUGGAGCACAAUGCUUGGUCUUGCAAGCUUUUCCCACAAAUUUCUGCAGCAGGUGAACGCAGGUUUUUUUAAGCGACAUCGCAAACACGGGCAUGCAGUACAUUGCAGUGGCUGUAGCCACAGUUUGCGUUGUGGUGGUAAGCGGAUAUCGUAACUGUACAGAAUCGGGGGGCUGCGACUCUCAGCCAGAAUGCAGCGAACUGGAGGAACCCGUGUUCGGAAGCCCUCGGUUAGACUCGUUCUGCCGACCUUUGUUUACUCCCCAUUCUGAGCGGGAGAAACUCCGGACCUGCGUUUGCAAGCACGGUUACGUCCGCAACUCCUGGGAUGAGUGCGUGCCAAGGAAGGAUUGCAUGCGCUGCAAAUUUCGCUGGCAAACGGACUUUCGAACCUGUGCGUCCGGCUGCCCGGCGACAUGCAAUAGGGCAGAUGACAUCGUGUGCCAGAUUCCCUGCGCCCCCGGAUGUGAGUGCCCACCUGGCUGGAAACAACACCCGGUCUUCGUGAGGAUGUGCAUCAGGGAUGACAAGUGUCCUCGAAAAUGUCGACGUCAUUCGUCGCUUCAGCAAUGCGUAUCGAGCUGUGCUCCGCAGUGCGGUAAACCUCGGCCCCUAAAGUGCGUUACCAGCUGCGGCACGCCCUCCUGUGUAUGUGAUAAAGGGUACGCCGAACUUCUGCGAGCAGGGGUGAAGUCCUGCGUGCGGCAAGAAAGAUGUCCCAAGCUCAUCAGCUUGACUCGAUUGUUUACACCUAUGCGGAGAGAUCAUGCCAUAGACCGAGAAACAUCAUUUGGUACCGGUGGGUAUCUGGCAACCAGUGCAGGCGCGCGCAGAGAGCCUUCGCCAUGGUUUAGUGCAGCAGGCCUCGUCGGGCCCGGAGAGGCUGUAGGAAGAAGACCUAGAUCCUCAUCUAUUAGCGAACUACCUGGUGAAGGUGCUUACGAUACCGGCACACCAGAACUAUCACCCCUUUUUGAAGAAUCACGUGUUUCAGUAUCGUAUAAUGAGGCACCUGUCGAACACUACCGAAGGGUCCCGCCCAAUUCAGGCGCUUUCGCAUGGCGUGAGACUGCAAGAUAUGGUGGAGUUGGUGUAGGCUUUUACCCAUGGUCUGCUCUGUUACGGAAUCCCACAGGACUUGGUCGGAUCGCCAUUAGAGUUUACCCAUGGACUACUACACCACGUGUGACUGCGGGAUAUGUAUUGAACGGUUACGGAGUUGACCCAUUGGUUACACCUUUAGGUUUUGCUGAGGGAUAUGGUAAGGCCAGUUCUGUUUAUUACCCAUGGGGUACUCCGUUACGCGGGACUAUCGGGUACGGCUGGGCUGGUUACGGAAUCUAUCCAUGGGGAACGCCACUAUUGGUUACCCCCAUAUAUGGAGGAUCUGCAUUGGGAUUCCAUCCAUGGCGUAGACUGUCAUCUGGUGUAACUAGGUAUGAUGGAUCCGGUGUUCGACUUCUCGGGUAGUAUUCAUAGAUAUGGCGCAGAAUACAUAAAAGUAGGUUUUAGUAAGCGACCAGAGAGUACAAAUAGAAUUCGUUCCGAUAGGUAUAGCAUAAGUAAGCACGACGAUAAUUAUAUUCCCAUAAACGCGUACUUGGAGGCCAUAUCGCAAGACAUCUCCAUGUCCAUCUCGCAUACUGAUCAGAGGUCACCACAACGCACUGCGAAUACGCAGACAUAGGACUAAAACGAAACUGUCAUUGAAAGGGCUCGUAGGAUCUUUCCUAAGAGAAAGUAAUAAAAACCUAUUUUUUACAGAAAC